GCCCCUUCCCGCCCGCCGUGGGGCGGAGGGAGCGCGGGGCCGCGGCUCCGGCCGUCUGUCUUUCCCCCGCCAGCGCCGGAGCGGCGACGGCAGGUGAGUGAGUGCCUCGUUCGCACGUGUGCCCGCGCGGCGCGGGGCCGGCUCCGUGCUCGGCAGGAGCCGCUCGCGUGUCAAACUUUGUCUCCCGCAGCCCGGCUCGCCUCGCGCAGGAGGGCGAGAGCGCUCGGGGCUCGUGGGUACUACGCGGGAGGCGGCGAGGUCCUGCUCCCUGCUAAGCCCUAUUGGGCUCGAGGGCGAGCACGAGCGCUGCUUCGCGCCCCUGCCCGGCGCAACCAAGUUUCGCCUCGCAGUGAGCCGCGCGGCCGCGCAACAGGCGGGGUCCUGCGGGGGCAACGGCGGGUCCCCACGUCGCCGGGCGGACAGCGCUCUCAGGGCAAUGCCGCAUUUGUUUCGCCCUGCCCGCGGAAUCUCGCCACUCAGGAAGCAAGGAGAGAAACUUACGUUUCACGCGGGACUGGACGGGAGGUUUAUCUCCAGGAAAGCAGAACAUUCAUCAUAGAAUCAGAAUACACUCUGGAUUUUCUUCCUGUGUGCAGACUACACCAAAUGAAGUCUUAAAUCCGCUUAUACCAACACCUUUCUGUAAAUAUUCUGUUUCAACAGAUUGCCAGAAAGAACUUCAGAGCAUUUCAAAGGCAAUAACUUCGAACACUAACUUCAAGCUUUCAUUGAGAGCACAGAUUCUAUAGCAACGAAGUAACAAUGGCAACAAAAUUGCAUUUCGUUGAUUGAAGCUUUUUAAGAAAACUGCUUCUCAGAAUGUUCAGAUCCAUACACCUGUUUAUAGCAGAGCUGGGAAUGUGAGACUACGACAACCUUUCCCUUGUGUAAUGUCAAUGUCGGCUAUCACUUUGGCAGAAUCAGCCAGCUCAGUGAAGACACGAAAACCCUCCUUCCCUCCUGUUUUUUCGUCUGCUGGUGGCAUUCAAAGUGACCUUCCCUUAUAAAUAUUGGAACUACGUUUCUCCAUGAUUAGACAUUUUAACCAUUCUGUUUGGACAGCAUCUCUGUGAAGCCAUUGUGCCAAGCAAGACCUGGUGGAAUGACUACUCUGCUGAGAUGAGCUCUUAAUUAAUGCACAGAGAUCCUGAAAGUCCCACCUCUCACCAGUAAUGAUUGACAUCCAAGGAUACAUAAAUUACACUAAUUGAGCUUUCUAUUUCUACAUUUUUCUGCAGCCAACUCAUCAGAAAAGAUUCCUGGCUCAUCUGAGACCCACCAGCAUAACAUCAGAUAGAAAGCUGAAGGUAGAUGUGAGCUGAAUGUAGAUAAGAAUUCCAAACAGGCCAGGCUGAUGCGCACACGGAAGGAAUGAAGUAUGGAUGUGAAAGAACGUCGGCCUUAUUGCUCCCUGACAAAGAGCAGGCGGGACAAGGAGCGGCGCUACACAAAUUCUUCUGCAGAAAAUGAGGAAUGCAGAGUGCCUACACAGAAGUCCUACAGCUCCAGUGAAACCCUGAAGGCUUUUGAUCAUGAUUCCUCUAGGUUGCUGUAUGGAAAUCGGGUAAAAGACUUGGUCCACAGAGAAGCAGAUGAGUAUACCAGACAAGGACAGAAUUUUACCCUAAGGCAGUUAGGAGUUUGUGAACCAGCAACUCGUCGAGGACUGGCAUUUUGUGCGGAAAUGGGGCUCCCCCACAGAGGUUACUCUAUCAGUGCAGGGUCAGAUGCUGAUACUGAAAAUGAAGGAGUGAUGUCUCCAGAGCAUGCCAUGAGACUUUGGGGCAGGGGGGUCAAGUCAGGGCGCAGCUCCUGUCUGUCGAGCCGUUCCAACUCAGCCCUCACUCUGACUGAUACCGAACACGAGAACAAGUCCGACAGUGAAAAUGGUCCUCCCAUGCCAUCCUCCUCAUCUAGUCCAUCAGUUACUGAACAUUUACACUCCCCUCCUCCAUCACCCAAUCUCCAUGACAACCAGAGGUGGUUAUUAAGUAAUAAUGCCAGCCAGCCAGUUCAGGACUCUGAUACAGAUGAGGACUAUACUGCCAGCUCAUUUCUAGUACAGACCGGUACUGUUUCAGUGUCUGUCCCAGGUCAUGAACAACCUCCAAAUAACCAAGGCCAGUCGACCCUGCAGCCUUUGCCACCUUCUCACAAGCAACAUUCAGCACAGCAUCACCCAUCCAUCACCUCACUUAACAGAAACUCACUGACAAAUAGGAGGAAUCAGAGUCCGGCCCCGCCGGCUGCUUUGCCCGCCGAGCUGCAAACCACACCUGAGUCAGUCCAGCUGCAGGACAGCUGGGUCCUUGGCAGUAAUGCGCCACUGGAAAGCAGAGAAUUAGGAAAUCAAGCAGUCCUUGCAAAUGGUCAUGACAACGUUAUAGAGAUGGAUGUGUUUUCUCCAACAUAUCACGAUAGCAGUUAUGGGCAUUUCCUAUUCAAAACAGGAACAGGGACCACACCGCUGUUCAGUACUGCAACACCAGGGUACACAAUGGCAUCCGGCUCUGUUUAUUCCCCUCCUACUCGGCCACUACCUAGGAACACUCUGUCCAGAAGUGCUUUUAAAUUCAAGAAGUCUUCAAAGUACUGUAGCUGGAAAUGUACUGCUCUCUGUGCUGUAGGGGUCUCAGUGCUGCUGGCAAUACUGCUGUCCUACUUCAUAGCAAUGCAUCUGUUUGGCCUCAACUGGCAGCUGCAGCAAACUGAAAAUGAUACUUUUGAGAAUGGGAAAGUGAAUUCUGAUACUGUGCCAACACAUCCUGUAACAGUACCUGCUGGAGAAAAUGGAAAAUUAGGGGGAUUUGCACAAGAAAACAACACUAUAGAUUCUGGAGAACUCGAUAUAGGCCGAAGAGCAAUACAAGAAGUUCCCCCUGGGAUUUUUUGGAGAUCACAACUCUUCAUUGAUCAGCCACAAUUUCUAAAAUUCAAUAUAUCCCUUCAGAAAGAUGCAUUGAUUGGAGUAUAUGGCCGAAAAGGCUUACCACCUUCACAUACUCAGUACGACUUUGUGGAGCUCCUGGAUGGCAGCCGGCUGAUCGCGCGGGAGCAGCGCACACUGCUGGAGGCGGAGCGAGCGGGUCGGCAGACGAGGUCCGUCAGCCUUCAUGAAGCAGGUUUUAUCCAGUAUUUGGAUUCUGGCAUCUGGCACCUGGCCUUUUAUAACGAUGGGAAAAAUGCAGAGCAGGUGUCGUUUAAUACCAUUAUUAUAGAGUCUGUGGUGGAAUGCCCCCGGAAUUGCCAUGGUAACGGAGAGUGUGUUUCAGGAUCCUGCCAUUGUUUUCCUGGCUUUCUGGGCCCCGACUGCUCGAGAGCGGCCUGCCCGGUGCUGUGCAGCGGCAACGGGCAGUACUCCAAAGGCCGCUGCCUCUGUUACAGUGGCUGGAAGGGCACCGAGUGCGACGUGCCGGCGACGCAGUGCAUCGAUCCCCAGUGCGGGGGCCGCGGCAUCUGCAUCAUGGGCUCAUGCGCCUGCAACUCUGGGUACAAAGGAGAAAACUGUGAAGAAGCGGAUUGCUUGGACCCAGCCUGUUCCAGCCAUGGUGUGUGCAUCCACGGCGAGUGCCACUGCAACCCGGGCUGGGGGGGCAGCAACUGUGAAAUCCUGAAGACACUGUGCCCUGACCAGUGCUCUGGCCAUGGCACCUACCUUCAGGAGAGCGGUACCUGCACCUGUGACCCCAACUGGACAGGUCCAGACUGCUCCAAUGAGAUCUGCUCGGUGGACUGCGGCACGCACGGUGUGUGCAUGGGCGGGACGUGUCGCUGCGAGGACGGCUGGACGGGCGCAGCCUGCAACCAGAGGGCCUGCCACCCCCGCUGCGCCGAGCACGGCACCUGCAAGGAUGGGAAGUGCGAAUGUAGCCAGGGGUGGAACGGAGAGCACUGUACCAUUGCUCACUAUUUGGAUAAGAUAGUGAAAGAGGGUUGCCCCGGCUUGUGCAAUAGCAAUGGGAGGUGCACGCUGGACCAGAAUGGCUGGCACUGUGUCUGCCAGCCAGGAUGGAGGGGAGCGGGCUGUGAUGUGGCCAUGGAAACUCUGUGCACUGACAGUAAGGACAACGAGGGAGAUGGGCUGGUUGACUGUAUGGAUCCUGACUGCUGUUUACAGAGCUCUUGCCAAAAUCAGCCUUACUGUCGUGGGCUACCUGAUCCCCAAGAUAUUAUCAGCCAAAGCCAACAGUCACCAUCUCAGCAAGCUGCCAAAGCAUUUUAUGACCGUAUCAGUUUUCUCAUUGGAGCAGACAGCACUCAUGUCAUACCUGGGGAAAGUCCUUUCAAUAGGAGCCUUGCAUCUGUCAUAAGGGGCCAAGUAUUAACUGCUGACGGAACUCCACUCAUUGGAGUCAACGUUUCCUUUUUACACUACCCAGACUACGGAUACACAAUCACCCGCCAAGAUGGCAUGUUUGACUUGGUAGCAAAUGGUGGUGCCUCUCUGACAUUGGUGUUCGAGCGAUCGCCGUUCCUGACACAGUAUCACACAGUAUGGAUUCCCUGGAAUGUCUUCUAUGUAAUGGACACCCUGGUCAUGAAAAAGGAAGAGAAUGAUAUUCCUAGCUGUGAUCUGAGUGGAUUUGUAAGGCCAAACCCUAUCAUCGUGUCAUCACCUUUAUCUACCUUCUUUAGAAUUUCUCCUGAAGAUAGUCCUGUCAUCCCAGAGACACAGGUACUUCAUGAAGAAACGACAAUACCAGGAACCGAUUUGAAGUUAUCAUACUUAAGCUCCAGGGCUGCAGGAUAUAAAUCUGUUCUGAAGAUCACAAUGACCCAAUCUGUGAUACCAUUUAACUUAAUGAAGGUUCAUCUUAUGGUGGCGGUGGUGGGGAGACUUUUCCAGAAAUGGUUCCCUGCGUCUCCAAAUCUGGCUUACACUUUUAUUUGGGAUAAAACCGAUGCAUACAACCAGAGAGUCUAUGGAUUAUCUGAAGCUGUCGUGUCUGUGGGCUAUGAAUAUGAGUCCUGCUUGGAUCUGACUCUCUGGGAGAAGAGGACUGCCAUUUUGCAGGGUUACGAGCUGGAUGCCUCUAACAUGGGUGGCUGGACACUGGAUAAGCAUCAUGUAUUGGACGUUCAGAAUGGAAUCCUCUACAAAGGAAAUGGUGAAAAUCAGUUUAUAUCUCAGCAACCCCCCAUUGUCAGCAGCAUUAUGGGCAAUGGAAGAAGACGCAGCAUCUCCUGCCCUAGUUGUAAUGGUCAAGCUGAUGGUAAUAAAUUACUGGCUCCAGUUGCCUUAGCUUGUGGGAUUGAUGGCAGUCUUUACGUGGGGGAUUUCAACUAUGUUCGACGGAUAUUUCCAUCUGGAAAUGUAACUAGUGUUCUCGAGCUAAGAAAUAAAGAUUUUAGACAUAGCAACAACCCAGCUCACAGAUACUACCUCGCUACUGACCCCGUGACAGGAGAUUUGUAUGUUUCUGACACAAACACGCGCAGGAUCUACCGGCCCAGGUCACUUGCGGGUGCCAAAGACCUGACAAAGAACGCGGAGGUGGUCGGAGGGACGGGGGAGCAGUGCCUGCCCUUUGAUGAAGCACGGUGUGGUGAUGGGGGCAAGGCGGUCGAGGCAACUCUCAUGAGCCCUAAAGGAAUAGCAAUUGACAAGAAUGGGUUAAUCUACUUUGUUGAUGGGACCAUGAUCAGAAAAGUGGAUCAAAAUGGAAUAAUAUCCACGUUGCUUGGCUCCAAUGAUCUGACCUCAGCACGACCUCUGACCUGUGAUACCAGCAUGCACAUCAGCCAGGUUCGUCUGGAAUGGCCAACAGAUUUGGCCAUCAACCCCAUGGAUAACUCCAUUUACGUUCUGGACAACAACGUCGUUUUGCAGAUCACUGAAAACCGCCAGGUGCGCAUUGCUGCGGGGAGGCCCAUGCACUGCCAGGUUCCUGGAGUGGAGUACACGGUGGGCAAGCACGCGGUGCAGACCACGCUGGAGUCAGCAACUGCCAUUGCUGUGUCUUACAGUGGGGUACUGUACAUUACAGAGACGGACGAGAAAAAGAUUAACAGGAUAAGGCAGGUUACAACCGAUGGAGAGAUUUCAUUAGUUGCUGGAAUACCUUCAGAGUGUGACUGCAAAAACGAUGUCAACUGCGACUGUUACCAGAGUGGAGAUGGCUAUGCUAAAGAUGCCAAACUUAAUGCCCCCUCCUCCUUAGCUGUGUCUCCAGACGGCACACUGUAUAUUGCUGAUCUGGGAAACAUCAGGAUACGGGCUGUGUCAAAGAACAGACCCUUAUUGAAUUCAGUGAACUUUUAUGAAGUUGCUUCUCCAACCGAUCAAGAGCUUUAUAUCUUCGAUGUCAAUGGUACUCACCAGUACACUGUGAGUUUAGUCACCGGAGACUACCUGUACAACUUUAGCUACAGUAAUGACAAUGAUAUUACCUCAGUCACGGACAGCAAUGGGAACACUCUGCGUAUCAGACGGGAUCCCAACCGGAUGCCGGUGAGAGUGGUCUCCCCUGAUAACCAAGUCAUUUGGCUGACGAUAGGCACAAAUGGAUGUUUGAAAAGCAUGACUGCACAAGGACAGGAGCUGGUUUUAUUUACCUACCAUGGCAACAGUGGACUUCUGGCAACUAAAAGCGAUGAGACGGGAUGGACCACUUUUUUUGACUAUGAUAGUGAGGGCCGUCUGACAAAUGUUACGUUCCCAACUGGAGUUGUCACUAAUCUUCAUGGGGAAAUGGAAAGGGCCAUUACAGUGGACAUCGAAUCAUCCAGCAGAGAGGAAGAUGUCAGCAUCACUUCCAACUUAUCAUCAAUUGAUUCUUUCUACACCAUGGUUCAAGAUCAGUUAAGAAACAGCUACCAGAUUGGUUAUGAUGGCUCGCUUAGAAUCCUGUAUGCCAGUGGCCUGGAUUCUCACUAUCAGACAGAGCCGCAUGUCUUGGCUGGCACUGCCAAUCCAACAGUGGCAAAGAGAAACAUGACUCUGCCAGGGGAGAAUGGGCAGAACCUGGUGGAGUGGCGAUUUCGGAAGGAGCAAGCCCAGGGAAAAGUCAACGUAUUUGGCCGAAAGCUUAGGGUUAAUGGCAGAAACCUCCUUUCAGUUGACUUUGAUCGAACCACUAAGACAGAAAAGAUCUACGACGACCACCGUAAAUUCCUGCUGAGGAUUGCCUAUGACACGUCAGGGCACCCAACCCUGUGGCUACCAAGCAGCAAGCUGAUGGCUGUCAAUGUUACCUAUUCAUCCACAGGGCAAAUAGGCAGCAUACAGCGAGGGACGACUAGUGAAAAAAUAGAGUACGAUGGACAGGGAAGAAUUGUGUCUAGAGUGUUUGCUGACGGGAAAACUUGGAGUUACACAUAUUUGGAGAAGUCGAUGGUUCUUCUGCUUCAUAGCCAACGGCAGUAUAUCUUUGAAUAUGAUUUGCUGGAUCGGCUUUCUGCUGUCACCAUGCCCAGCGUUGCUCGUCAUACCAUGCAGACUAUUCGCUCCAUUGGCUACUACCGGAAUAUAUACAACCCCCCUGAAAGUAAUGCUUCUGUUAUAAUGGACUACAAUGAAGAAGGGCAGCUCCUUCAAACUGCUUUCCUGGGGACAAGCCGAAGAGUAUUAUUCAAGUACAGACGGCAGACCAAGCUCUCAGAAAUUUUGUAUGAUAGUACAAGAGUUAGUUUUACUUAUGAUGAGACAGCAGGAGUCCUGAAAACAGUAAACCUCCAAAGCGAUGGUUUUAUCUGCACCAUUAGAUACAGGCAAAUUGGCCCACUGAUUGACAGACAGAUUUUCCGCUUUAGUGAAGACGGAAUGGUAAACGCCCGAUUUGACUACAGCUAUGACAAUAGCUUCAGAGUGACUAGCAUGCAAGGUGUCAUCAAUGAGACCCCAUUGCCUAUUGAUCUCUACCAGUUUGAUGAUAUCUCCGGUAAGGUUGAACAAUUUGGCAAAUUUGGAGUUAUAUAUUAUGAUAUUAACCAGAUCAUUUCUACAGCUGUAAUGACUUACACAAAACACUUUGACGCACACGGCCGCAUCAAGGAAAUUCAGUAUGAAAUCUUUCGUUCACUGAUGUAUUGGAUUACAAUUCAGUAUGAUAACAUGGGACGAGUGACAAAAAGAGAAAUUAAGAUUGGGCCGUUUGCCAACACCACAAAAUAUGCCUACGAAUAUGAUGUAGAUGGUCAACUCCAGACAGUUUACCUGAAUGAAAAAAUAAUGUGGCGAUACAAUUAUGACUUGAAUGGCAACCUCCAUUUGCUCAACCCCAGCAGCAGUGCCCGUUUGACGCCACUUCGCUAUGACCUGAGAGACAGAAUAACCCGACUAGGUGAUGUGCAGUAUCGAUUAGACGAAGAUGGGUUUCUGCGCCAGAGGGGUACUGAAAUCUUUGAAUACAGUUCAAAAGGCCUCCUCACUCGAGUUUAUAGCAAAGGCAGUGGAUGGACAGUGAUUUAUCGUUAUGAUGGCCUUGGACGACGAGUUUCCAGUAAAACCAGCCUCGGACAGCACCUCCAGUUCUUUUACGCAGACCUUACUUACCCAACCAGGAUAACUCAUGUAUACAACCACUCAAGUUCUGAAAUCACAUCCCUUUACUAUGACCUGCAGGGACACCUUUUUGCCAUGGAGAUUAGCAGUGGAGAUGAGUUUUACAUUGCAUCUGACAAUACUGGAACACCACUGGCUGUUUUUAGUAGCAACGGUCUCAUGCUUAAACAAAUUCAAUACACUGCUUAUGGAGAGAUCUACUUUGACUCUAACCUUGAUUUCCAGCUGGUAAUAGGAUUCCACGGUGGUUUAUAUGACCCACUGACCAAGCUAGUCCACUUUGGAGAAAGAGAUUAUGACAUAAUGGCAGGCCGGUGGACAACACCUGAUAUUGAAGUCUGGAAGAGAAUUGGGAAGGAUCCAGCUCCUUUCAAUUUGUACAUGUUUAGAAAUAACAACCCAGCCAGUAAAAUACAUGAUGUGAAGGAUUACAUCACAGAUGUUAACAGCUGGCUGGUAACAUUUGGAUUCCACCUGCACAAUGCCAUCCCUGGUUUUCCUGUUCCAAAAUUUGAUUUAACAGAACCUUCUUAUGAACUUGUGAAGAGCCAGCAAUGGGAAGAUAUACCUCCAAUUUCUGGAGUGCAACAACAAGUGGCGAGACAAGCAAAGGCUUUCCUUUCCCUGGGAAAGAUGGCAGAAGUGCAGGUCAGCAGACGGAAAUCCAGCGGAGAGAAGUCAUGGCUGUGGUUUGCCACCGUGAAGUCUCUGAUCGGGAAAGGGGUGAUGCUCGCUGUCAAUCAAGGGAAAGUGCAGACAAACGUGCUUAACAUUGCAAAUGAGGACUGCAUCAAAGUGGCAGCUGUUCUGAACAACGCCUACUACCUAGAAAACUUGCAUUUCACCGUUGAGGGAAAAGACACGCACUAUUUUAUCAAGACCACCUCCCCUGAGAGUGACCUUGGGACACUGCGGCUGACCAGUGGGCGGAAGGCCCUGGAGAACGGCAUCAAUGUCACCGUGUCCCAGUCCACUACCGUGGUGAACGGCAGGACUCGCAGGUUUGCCGAUGUUGAAAUGCAGUAUGGUGCGUUAGCGCUUCAUGUCCGAUACGGCAUGACGCUUGAUGAGGAAAAAGCCCGAAUACUGGAGCAAGCCAGGCAAAGAGCUCUUUCCAGUGCCUGGGCCAGGGAACAACAGAGAGUAAGGGAUGGAGAGGAAGGUGCCAGGCUGUGGACAGAAGGAGAAAAGAGGCAGUUGCUAAGUGCUGGGAAGGUACAAGGAUAUGAUGGGUACUAUGUACUCUCUGUGGAGCAAUAUCCAGAAUUAGCAGACAGCGCCAACAACAUACAGUUCCUCAGACAAAGUGAGAUAGGAAAGAGGUAACACACUGGCUUAGCUCAGGCUGCCAAAGAGACUGUGUACCAGUGUCUUCUAAAAAGGAGACCAAACUGUUUUGCUGCAUUACUACUUGAGCCUAAGCUUACAUCUUUGCUCAGAUUUUUUCUGUAGCACAAUCUGAACGGACUCUGUAACGAAAAGAGCGCCUUCCAGAAGAAUGAUACUGCUAAUGACAAAACUUUUUUUUUUUUCUCAAUGACCUUAAAGGUGAUCUGCUUUAAAGAAUAUGUUUACAUAUGCAUAUCGCUGCACUCAAGUUGGACUGAAAAGUAUUAAAUAAAAAAUUAAGAAAAGAAGAAAAAAAGGCCUAAAGAUUUUGCAACAGUCUGUCUGUUGCUCUGAGGCACUGUAUUUAAUUAAGAUACAGACCCGUACAGUGUUUCCAAAUAUUACUGAAUUGUUGACCUUUGCUUACGAGAAGUAGUCUCUCUCUUUCUCUCUCUUUUUCUCUUUAUCACUGCAUAGGAUGUGGUAUAUAUCUGUUAAUUUUAAAAUGUGGGACAAAAAUUACUGUUUAUAGACAACCCAACUGCUUUAAACUGUGCUGCUUUCUAAAAGGACAUUGGCACAAGUGACUUACGCUACCAUGGGAAUUUAAUAAUGGAUUUUACAAUGCUAACGUGCUUUGCCUUGGGGGGAAUAAAACGGCAAGUAGAAUCCUUGUUACAGAUAAGCAAAGGAAACCCUGAUUUUUUUGUAAAUUAUGUGAGACAAGUUGUUUAUGGAUUUUUAUAUGAAUUACAAUUUACUGUACAUCAAAUAUUAGUCUCAGAGGAGUUAAUUUAUGUAAAGUGUUUAAAAAAGUUUAUACUUAAAAAUAAAAUGAUAAAAACAUGUGCUGUGUGUGAUUUUUUUAAAGAAAAAGGAAUUGCACCUUUUAUGUUAUAGCUGUACAGUAUAAAGUAUUAUAUUGUAGAGAUAUAACAGUGAUUACUAAUGUCCAAAAGUGUUAAUAUUUUUGUAUUAGGUUUAAAGCUGUGCAUCUAUCACUCUGCUGAUAGGAUGGAACACUCCAAAGUGGCUGGCUGAAUCAAACUGCAGCUCCCUUCCCUCCCCUACCUCUCCUGUCACCCAGGCCAGUGCCACUUCAUCAUUGUUAGGAGGCACAGUAACCAAAUAAGUCUCGUUUAUUAUGAUGGAAGACUUUAAUAGGUUGGGUUUUCCUUGUCUUUUUCCAGCCCUAAUGUAAUAAAUGGACAUUUAUUCAUACCAAGUGGGCUUUCUGUUGUUUUUUUAGAAGCUUUGUUUCACAAUGGAGAGAGUAGUGUCUCAGGUGCUUGGCAAACUGUACGUAGAAGAAGAAGAAGAAAUGGUGUAGUUUCAUCCAGUUAUGUCAACUUUGUCUUCUGUAUAGUACAGCUCUUUUAGAUGUUAUAACUCCAGAUAGAUAGAAGAAGCGUACCUCUGACCUGAUGCUACUAAAUUGCUCUUCAGGCAGGCAGGCUGUUCAGUAGGUUCAUCUCCUGGCCUUCAGCUGCCAGAUCACAUCCCAUUACUGUGAAAACUGAACACGGGGAUGGAGAGGAAAGUCUAAUCCUAGUGCCUAGUCUGCAUCUCAACACCACUGCACAGAUAUGGCAUGCUCUGCUCCAAGGCCCAGCAUAUUUGCUGUAAGACAUAACUGAAGCAUGCAGCUGGUUCCUUAUAGGAAGCCUGCAGGGGCAUCUAUGGCAUCUGUUCUACAUCUUGGCUGAAACCAUUCUCUGAGCUUUACUCUCACGAGCACUAAAUUCAGCCACAAAAACAAAUAUUUUUAAGAUGAGACAAAAUUGGGGUUUUUUUGAUGUUCAUUGAAAUAUACACAGUUCUUUCUAUCCAUGUAUUAUAAUGACAAAACAUAGUAAGUGAACGUGUCUUAACUAUGAAUGGUUCAAGUGGAUGUAAUAAAAAUAGUUUUCUAACUGCUUUGUAUUCUGAGAGUCUAUGGUAUUACAUACUCUAAAUUGCACAUUAGGAUUGAUUAACAGAUUUGAAUUUCUGCCAGCCAAGUUGCUACCGAAUCUACAGUAUCAGUGCUGUUACUGUACGUGUGUAUUUGGUAGAGCAUACAGAACUAAUUACACAUAUAAUGAAUGCUAAUCAUCUAUUAGAAUGAAAGCACAGAAUAGUUGUUAGUAUUUUUACCCUUGAAGCCUUGAGGGCCCUAAAUUUAGAGAGGACGAUAUGCCAGACCCCAGAGGUGUGUGAUCUACGUAUUAUUUAAGAUGUAAAAUGCUAGGUGUUUGCAGUUCUGUUGGGUGGCUCUUCCACAGCACUGUAUUUAGCAUGCUGUAAGUGCUCUCUGUUGAAAUAGGCUCAUAUUCUAAAUUAUGUCAAAUGUUUCUGUUCUGUUUGAAUAUGAAAAGCGUGUAUAACGUAUCAACAAUGAAAUAUAUCUUCUACUUGACGCGUACCAGUUCCUUCUCCUUUGUUCUGGCACCAAUAAACAACAAAUUAUAGUAUCUGCUGGUGAUCAUUUUAAAUAAAGCCAAAUCAAGCCAAUUAGUGACCUCGUUAGUAGGUAUAACGAGCCUAUUUCUUGCUAAAAAAGACUUGUGAUCUGGACAUGCUCCUGCAGGAAAUAGUGACCUUGGGGAAUAUAUAAACAAAAGAAAGAUCUUUUUAAAGUUAAAAUAUGUAUGGUUAAAAGAAGCAUAUUACAAAGAAAAAAAAAAAGAAGAAAAAAAGAAAGGAGAUUAAGUAUUUUAGGCAAUGCCAGUCAAAAUGCUAUCCUGAUAUUUUGAGAUGUAUAUUUCAUCUGAUUUGUAUUGUUCUUUUAAUUUGCCUUCUUAACUUUAUAUGUGUCCUGAAUUUUCCACAAAUUGAUAACUAUAGAUUGCAUCUAGGCUUUCCAAUAAAAGCCAACCCAAUGUG